CUAACUUGGAGAGACCGGAAGUCGCGCCGCCGCCGUUGCUCGCAGUUUCAAAAUGCGGUGGAGGCCUUAGGCGCCGCUCCUGCCGCCCCUCCCCUAGCUCGGAGGGGAAGCGACUCGUGGAGCGACCGUAAGUUUGCUGACUGCAGAAUCUUCACUGCCAAAAUGACUUCACAUCCCACCUCUGCCCAGUGCUCAACAUCUGACAGUGCUUGUAGAAUUUCUUCAGAAAGAGUGAGUCAGCAGGUACGACCAAAACUGCCACUUCUGAAGAUUUUGCAGGCAGCGGGUGCUCAGGGUGACGUAUUCACCAUGAAAGAGGUAAUGCACUAUCUAGGCCAGUAUAUAAUGGUGAAGCAGCUCUAUGAUCAACAGGAGCAACAUAUGGUGUAUUGUGGUGGAGAUCUUUUGGGAGAUCUGCUGGGAUGUCAGAGCUUUUCUGUGAAAGAUCCAAGCCCUCUCUAUGAUAUGUUGAGAAAGAAUCUUGUCACGUCAGCCUCUGUUAACACAGAUGCUGCUCAGACUCUCGCUCUCGCACAGGAUCACAGUAUGGAUAUUCCAAGUCAAGACCGACUGAAGCACAGUGCAUCAGAGUGUUCCAGUUCCAGAAAAAGAAAUGAAGAAGAUGAUACGUAUACACUGCCUACCUCACAACCUAAACGCAGAGAUUCUAGAGGAGAUGAAGACUUAAUAGAACAUUUAACUCAAGAUGAGACAUCUAGGCUGGACCUUGACUUUGAGGAGUGGGAUGUUGCUGGCCUGCCAUGGUGGUUCUUAGGGAACUUGAGAAACAACUAUAUACCUAGAAGUAAUGGCUCGACUGACUUACAGACCAACCAGGAUGUAGGCACUGCCAUUGUUUCAGACACUACGGACGAUUUGUGGUUUUUAAAUGAGUCAGUGUCAGAGCAACUAGGUGUUGGAAUAAAAGUUGAAGCUGCUAAUUCUGAGCAAGCAAGUGAAGUAGGGAAAGCAAGUGACAAAAAGAUGAUUGGAGUGGGAAAAGAUGAUGAUCUUGAGGACCCUAAGUCCUUGAGUGAGGAUACUGAUGUGGAACUAACCUCUGAGGAUGAGUGGCAGUGUACGGAGUGCAAGAAGUUUAAUUCUCCAAGCAAGAGGUACUGUUUUCGUUGCUGGGCCUUGAGGAAGGAUUGGUAUUCGGAUUGUUCUAAAUUAACUCAUUCUCUCUCCACAUCUAAUAUUACUGCCAUACCUGAAAAGAAAGAGAAUGAAGGAAUUGAUGUCCCUGAUUGUCGGAGAACCAUUUCAGCUCCAGUUGUUAGGCCUAAAGAUGUAUGUUUAAAGGAAGAAAAUACCAAGUUUGACCCUUGUAACUCAGUGGAAUUUUUGGAUUUGGCUCAUAGUUCUGAAAGCCAAGAGACCAUCUCAAGCAUGAGAGAGCAAGCAGAUAUCCUUUCCGAGCAGAAAACGGAUACAGAGACUAUGGAAGAUUAUCAAAACAUCUUGAAGCCGUGCAGCUUAUGUGAAAAAAGGCCUCGGGAUGGGAACAUCAUUCAUGGGAGGACAGGCCAUCUGACGACUUGUUUCCCCUGUGCCAGAAGACUAAAGAAGGCUGGGGCUUUAUGUCCUGCUUGUAAGAAAGAGAUUCAGUUGGUUAUUAAAGUGUUUAUAGCAUAGCUGAAUCAGCUGCAGAGAAAUACUAGGACCAGGUCAUUGCUUAAAAAUCAGUAUUCUUAGAGGUAGGAGCAGAAGAUCGCCAAUUUUGAUGCCAGUCUGAGCCAUAUAGUGAGACCUUGUUUUUCAAAGCAUCAGUAUUGAGCAUUUUUUAUAAAUGUGACCCAUUGUAUGUGUUUGUUUAUAUAAACAAUAUAAAUAUAAACAUAGCAUAUAUGGAAUUUCAGAAGGUCAGUUUGAGGGUUUCAUUACUAUUACAAAAUAGGUACAUCACUGUGUUCUCCUAAAUCUCAAAUCUGAGAUGGAAUAAUAUCAAUAGAAACAUAACAAUGCAUUUUUUUAUUCACUUGGCAAAUUAUUGCAAGAGCAUAACCUGCUGUUAUGUAAUGUUCUUGGGACAUCAAAAUCUAAGGUAAUUAUUAGAAAAAUACUAGGGCCAACACUGAAGAAACAAAUUGAUUAGUUACUCAUUGUAUAGCCAAGGACGACCUUCAGCUCCUGAUUCCCCCGUCGUUUCUGUCUAUGUGCUAUGCUUACAGGCAGGCUGUCCUACUAUGCCCAGCUGAAAUCUCUCAGCUUUAGAUCAAAUAAAUAACAGGAGUGUACAUCUCUGCACAGCCUUCUCAAAGAGAAGGUACAGACUUUGUAGUCAACACUUUGUGUUUGUCUCCUGGAAGCUGGCCAGAUAUUUUUGUAUUCAGCCUCUAGAGUUGUUCACACUCUGAGGCAAUGGCCUAUGGUAGGGUUUGAACAAGUGGAGAGAAGAGGGAGUGUAGCAUCUGUGAAAAGGGAGUGAAACAAAUUGAUCUUUAAUUCUGCUUAGUCAUUUUAGACCACAUCAAUUUAGUAUAAUACCAGUAUACAAACUGAAGUUCUUCAGACUGAAUCCUUUAUACUUAUCUAUGUCUACUGAACCUGUCUAUGUCUUGGUGUUUCCCCAGCAAUAUAAGUAAAUCACUUUAAAGACCAAGUCUCUAGAACUAUUGAACUUGGGGGGCUGUCUCAGCCUUUCCUAUGGCUCCUACUCUUAGAAAUGGGGAGAUACAUGGUAUCUAAUCCCAUGAUGGCCCUGCUGGACCAGGACCAUUGGGGCUUCUGUAAUGACUACUAAAGAGAGAGAUGUUAGCAUGUGUACAUUCUUGCAUUGACCCUAUGUUCCUGUCUGCCCCCCUGGUCUACCAGUAGACCUGACCCCACCAAAUGCCUAUUGGGUUAGUUAUUGUAGUUACUCUUCAACUGCUGUGACAAAAACCAUGACCAAAGCAAAAUAUAAAAGCAUUUAAUUGGGCUUGCCUUUUGAGAGGGUUAGAUUCCAUGAUUGCAGAACAGCUGAGCUCACAUCUUGAUCUGCAAGUAGGAGGCAGAGAAAGAACCCCAGGAAACCUGAAAACUUGUCCCACAGUGCUGUACUUCCUCCAACAAGGCUACAUCUUGUAAUUCUUCCCAAACAGUUCUACUAACUGGGGGCCAAGUAUUCAGUGGCCUAUGGUGGCCAUUCUCAUGUAAACUGCCACAUUCUACUCCCUAGCCUCCAUAGGCUUUUGGCCAUCUUAUAAUGCAAAAUGCAUUUAGCCCAACUUCAAAAAUCCUCAUAGUCUUUUAGUUUUGACAUAAUUUAAAAGUCAAGUCAGAGUCUUGUGAAACCACAAUCAAAAGCAAAUUAUAUUCUUAUAAUACACAAUGGUCCAGAAUAUACAUCACCAUUCUAAAGAGUUGUAUUCCAGGAAUAGUGAGGAAAUAUGGACCAAAGCAAGACUGAAGCCCAGCAGAGCAAAUUCCAAAUCCUGUAACUUUGUGUCUGGUGUCAAAGAGCAUAGAUAAAGCCACCCUUCUUGCUUUGCUGACUGCAGCAUACUGUCUCUGAUUCACUUUCUUGUGUGCAGCUUUCCUUGGCAGAUAAUUAUGGCUCUGACACCUCUACAUUGGCAGGCUCCUCCCUGUGUGGCCUCAGUAGUGGUCUGAACUGGAGGAAGGUUCCACAACCCCCUUCCUCAUGUACCCAGGAAUCUAAAGCAGAAGACACUGCCAAGUUCUGCUGCCUGCUUAGGAGGAGCCUGGCCGCCUUGACUCACACUUGCAGCAAUUGUACUUGGUUGUUGCAUUUUAGGAGCUGGAACUUCCUUGGGCCUUUUCCUUUCACAAUUUGGAAGCUUAACUUAAUUCGGCUAUUUGGAAGUCUCUGUCAAAGAAAUUAGUCUUAUUACUUUUCACUUUAAGCUUAGACAGAUUCUUAGGACAAGGGCAGAAGAAGGCAGCCACAUUUUUGCCAAAACAUCCCAAGAAUAGUCUUUAACUCAGUUGCUAAUAAUUGUUAUCCGCUGAAGCCUCUUGAUCUCGGCUUCCACAGACCACAUAGCUUUUGACACUACUGUCUUCCAGGCUUUAACCAUUUUCUUAGUCCAAAGUCCCAGUCUUCCACAUUCCUCAAAAAAAAAAACCCACAUGGUCAGGUCUUUCACAGCAGUGGCCCACUUCCUGGUACCAACUGGUGUCUUGGCUACUCUUCAGUCGCUGUGACAGAACACUCCAAGGCAAAGUAUAGAAGAAAGCAUUUAUUGGGUUUAUGGUUUCAGAUGGUUAGUUCAUGAUGGCAGGAACAUCUGAGAGCUUCACAUCUUCAUCUGCAAGUAGGAGGCAGAGGAGAAUCCUGAGAAUGGCAUGGACUUUUGAAACCUCAAAGCCUUCACCUGUGACACACCUCUCCCAACAAGGUCUUCCCAAAUAGUUUCUCCAGCUGGGGACUAAAAACCAAACAGCCUGUGGAGGCCAUUUCUCAUUCAGACCACCAGUUUGCAAAGGAGUGCUUUCCUACCCGGAUCUUGACAUUGCUCCCAGUUGAUAAUUUCACUAGGUGUAGCAAACUUGAGUAGGAUUUUCCUUUCCUUGGUGGCCAAGUCCUUGCUAGUCCAGAGCUUCUGCCAGUAUUAACAAUCCUGUAACUCCUGUUUGGCUUGAUGUGUAGGCUCUUUGAGAGACUGAUAAUAACAGACGUCUUUAUCCACAUCUCCAUGGUGGUGACAACAGGAGCGUAAAGGUGAUCACAGAUGUCAUCAGUCACAACCCCAGCUUCAGAACAGGCUACGAUGUAUCCAACCCUGGACUCCAGUCAUUUCCUAGGCAGGAUGUUGACCACCUCCUGAGUGGAAUUGGGUCUUUAAGAUUUUCAAUUCUAAGCACUGUAUUCAAAAUAGAAUGUGUUAAAGGAAGUCAUUUUACUGCAUGCUAAUGCUCCUCUCUUGGGGCAGGGUCUUGCUGUUUAGCUAUGACUGGCCCGGGCCUCACCCUGUAUCUCAGGCUGGCCCCAACCUUGCAGUGAUCUUCCUGCUUUUGCCUCUCGAGUGCUGGGAUUAUAGGCAUGUGCUGGCUAAAUUUCUUACUUUGGUUGUCAUUUAAAUGAGUAUUUGUGAUCAUGCUAUCUUCGACAGAAAGUGCAGAGCAGAGAUGAUAGGUUAUUAGAAAAGUCUCACUGUUACUGUAGUCCUUACCCAGGACUUCGUGGUUGUUGGUAUGCUUCUGUAUUUACUACUUUGUCACACUAGAAGUUGAGACCACGCUUUCACACAGGCGGGUACUGCCUUCCCAGCCCCUCUAGAUGUCCUAGAUUUCCCAGUGAGGGCUGCUACUGGUGGAUCAGAGCAGCCAGUCCAGCCUCCUAACUGCCACAGAAUUGUGUAAUAGCACGUUUUACUGCCAAGCAUUUAUGAUUGUGUGAUUAUAUAUAUAUAUAUAUAUACACAUAUAUAUACAUUAUUUAUGUAUAUUUAGAUGUGAUACUUUGUAUGGUUUGGAAGAAUUUAUUCUGAAAGCCAGGAUCGCUUGUAACAUUUGUAUGUCAGUUCAAUGUAAUGGUUCCCUUGAAAAGUCACGAUUGUGAAAUUGGUGAAUGUUCCCAGUCCCCUAAUGUUACCCGUUUGGUUCUCGUUAGAAAGGAAGACGCUUUUCGGCCUAGCUAUUUGGCAGUGUUUUCGUUUGUUUGGUUCUAUUCCCAUGAUGUUCUGUGAACUUACCUAAUGUGGCUUUAGAUACUGUGACUGUUAUUUUUCCUUUUAGCCUAAAUUGUUGCUGAAGCCUAAAGACUAUUUUCUGAUGCCUCCAACUAUUCAUGUAUAUGUAUAAUAUCUAGAUUGAUGCUACCCUUUGCUAAAAAAUCUUUAGAUAAAGAAUUAGCUGUUUAGAAUCUGCACUAAAAAGAUAAACCCGGAAGCUGUCCUCUGUGCCAAAAGUGAAGUGUACAGUGUUUACAGAUGGGUGGAAUUUUGCACUGCCGUAGGGAAUGGUGAGGUUAUAGCACCAGAUUCCUUAGAUUUAUGAGUAGAUAGUUGCAGUACAGCUUGUAAGAGGAGGGACUAUUGAGCCCUCUCAGGCUGACCUGGAACUGAGUAUCUGAGGCCCAUGGUUAAAGUGACUCCCUAGCUCUAGCUGGGGAGUAGUUUCCUGUCUGUUUGGAGAUGUUCUUCCUGUUGACAGCACUUGGUUGUCUGCAGUUACUAUGUGCUUCCUUUAGAGGAGCUGCCAGCCCUCCCUCCUGUGGGAGAAUGUCUUCUAGGCAUUUUGAGGUCUUUGGAUGAAAUAAAUGUGCAAUCCCAAGUCAUGCCAUUAUUGGUAAAGAAACUUACUAUAAAUUAUUUCUAUCUACCCUCUGUAGCUUUUUUUUUUUUUUUUUUUUUUUGAAGAGACAGGGUCUUGUUGUGUAUCCCUUGGUUGACCUAGAACUUGCUUUGUAGACCAGGCUGUCCUUAAACUUACAGAGAUCUGCCUGUCUCUGCCUUCUGAGUGCUCGGCCUAAAGGCAUGUGCUCCCACCCCCAUCCUCAGUAGCCUUUUGAAUGGCCGAUGUUACUGAAACCUGUCUCACAUCCAUGGUGCUGCUUUCCUGCUCGUGUGUGUUUGCAGAGGCCACCAGUCCCUUUUAGGAGUGCAUCACAGCCAGGAGAACUCCCCACUUCUUCAGAUAAGCUAAAAGGGCAAGCAGUGCUGCUAGGACAGUUCCUUCAGUGGUUUUAGAGUUGGGCAAUGCGUUACUGAAGAUCAGCCUUGUGUUGUGACCUUGAGGGCCAAACUGAGCAUUUCAUUUGUUACCCAAAGGCAUUUGGUGUUUUUAAAAAGCAAGAGCUUGGAUGUGUGUAGACAUUUCCCCCCUUCCCCCUUUAUUGUUGCUCUUAUGCUCUCCUAGUUUGAAAUUAGCUGGGUUUGGACACUGCUUUUAUGCCGGAGACCACCGGUAACUCUGGGUGGUUAGACCUGCAUUGUACUUAUAUACGGUCCUUCUUUAACCAGUCCUGAGCAAUGCUGUGUUUGCGGAGGACCAUGAGCUCAGUCAGGAGGGAAGGCUGGGAGGUCAGAGCUGUCAUCUGGCUUCCUUUGUGUGAAUGAUGGUGAUUAGGUCAUGGUUAUUUGCCUGAGCACUGAGGAAUUGAGGUCAGUCUUUCCCCUCUUCAUGCCCAUUUGUUUUCUCCGUAGUCUUCAGUCCCUUUCCGUAAGCACACCACCCACCACAUUAAGACAACAGUAGAAAAUGCAAUGUUCUUGGUCUUCUCAGCACUUGGCAUAGUAGAAGUUUCAAUCAGUGUCUGAACAGGACUGUCUGUAGCUUGCUGUGAAUUGGUACCUCUUGGGUGAAGAAAGAUUACCCCAGCAGCUUGUAGCCUAGUCUGAAAGUUGUAAGCUGCCAUUUUUCUCAACCUCUAAAACCAACAUACACACCCACCCCUUUCUACCUCAGUUUGUUGUGGAGACUCUUGGGGAGCAAUUCUUACAAACUUACUGCCUUGAAGAAGAUGAAAUAAGCUAGUAGUCUUGGUGGACUGUACUCUGAGGUCUGUAUUGAGACUCCCUCAUGUUCUGGAAAUAUGUGCAGUUCUCUUUGCCUGCUUGGCAGGGCCUGUUGCUUGUUGUAAGUCCUUUGCCCACAUGCCUGUCCUUUCCUUGACACCAGGCUCUUGAUUAGGAAGCAUUGUCUCCAGAUGCUUUGAGAAGUGCGUGUAGAUUUUGAUAGCACGUUCUAUCAUGGAACUCCCUUGCCGUGCGUGGGCUUGCUGUAUAGCAAUUCUUUCUGCAUGCACUUGAGUAGGUGGCGUAAGAUGCUCUGCUGGCGUGAAGAAACAGGUAGUUCCUGGCAUCCCAGUCGGGUAGUGGCCAGUGUAGUAGCAAAUGGGGGGUAAUAAAUUGAGAAGAAUGGCAGCUUACUAACGAGAGGGAAGUGUUUCCGUGUGUCCUUGUGUAACUUUUUACAGUACCACUGAGUUAAUAGCCCUGUACCUGGGUGUUCGCACUAUGUAAUGCUUCCAAGGCCUUUUUAUCCUGUUUUUGUGUGAUUAAACAGUUUUCAUUUCA